AUGUUCAUUACCAACGAACACGUGGGCGACAGAACGCGAAUGGAGGACUGGAGAAUCCGCGGCUACGACCCGCUCACUCCCCCCGAUUUAUUGCAGCACGAGUUCCCGUUGCUGGAACAACUGAAGCUGGUGAUCCGCCAGGGGAGAGAGGACGCUUGUGCCAUUUUGGCUGGCAAAGACGACCGGUUGUUAGUGGUGAUUGGCCCCUGUUCGAUCCAUGAUCCUAAGGCCGCCAGAGAGUACGCUGCUAAGUUGUAUGAAGAAGCACAAAAGCAUAAGGGGGAGCUUUUGGUGGUGAUGAGAGCGUAUUUGGAAAAACCACGCACCACCGUGGGUUGGAAGGGGCUCAUUAAUGACCCCGAGAUCGACGGUUCGUUCCAGAUCAACAAGGGGCUCAGAAUUGCUCGCGGUUUGUUCUGCGAAUUGACGGAGAAAUUGCCCAUUGCUUCGGAGAUGUUGGACACGAUUCUGCCCCAAUUUUUAUCGGAUUUGUUUUCCGUAGGUGCCAUUGGUGCCAGAACCACCGAGUCGCAAUUGCACCGGGAAUUGGCGUCGGGGUUAUCGUUCCCCGUUGGGUUCAAGAAUGGGACUGAUGGUACUUUAGGCGUUGCCAUCGACGCGUUGAGAGCGGCUCUGCACCCUCACCAUUUCCUUUCAGUGACUAAACCUGGUGUCGUCGCUAUCGUUGGUACUGAAGGUAACAAGGACUGCUUUGUCAUUCUUAGAGGUGGUAAGACCGGGACCAACUACGACGAGGCCCUGAUUGCUGCCACUCAAGCGGAAUUAGUUAAGCAAAAAGUGGUUGAAGCCGAUGGUCUGCUGGGUCCUAAGAUUAUGGUCGACUGCUCCCACGGUAAUUCGUUAAAGAACCAUAAUAACCAGCCUAAGGUGGCUGCCGAAGUCGCCCGCCAAAUCGCUAACGGCGAACGCAACGUGUGUGGGUUGAUGAUUGAAUCUAACCUUGGUGAAGGCCGUCAAGACGUGCCUGAAGAAGGUAAGGAAGGGUUGAAGUACGGGGUGUCGAUCACCGACGCCUGUAUCGGCUGGGACGACACCGAGAAGGUGUUGCAAACGCUCGCCGACGCCGUUAAACUGAGACGUGAAGCGAAGAAGGCUUAA